AUGAUGCGAAGAGGCCUUUUGUUUCAUUAGCGCUCAACGCCUCCAAGAGUUCGUACGAAUUCAAACGGUUUUGCUGUGUCCGGCCGAUCGUGAAGUACGGCAAGCCGUUGGCGUGUGAAACAGCUGUGUAUAUUUUUGUAGCGCCUUUUUGUGCCGUGUUGUUUGUGCUACCUUUACUUCUCUCAUAGUCGAAGAAACUUCUCUAAACCUACUGAAAAUGUCCCGCAUUAUGAGAAUUGAUGAGAACCAGGUAGCUGGAAACCUGCAUGAAGGUGGGAUGAAGAAAGUGGUUGCUGCCAGACGCCCUGUGUUGGGAGAGCUUGGCAACAAGGUGCUGCGCAAUGCUUCCCAGGACCUGCUCGGCAAAGGUGUGGAGAAGGGAGCUGCGCUGAAGAAUGCCAACCCGACGCUGAAGAAUAUUAAGCCACGCGUGGACACUCGAUGGCGAAAGGCGGAUACUGCUGCGGCGGCAGUUGUUGUUCCCAAAAAAGUAGUCACCCGAUCCGAUUCGCAAAAGGUUGCGGUAGAGCCUAAACCGUCUGCCAAUGCGGAUGCUGUAAAGGUGCACGUCCAGCUGAACAAAGGAAACGAGGUAAAACAUGUAGCGUUAAAGCGUGAAGACAGUCAGCUGUCGCUGCGGACAUUGGCGAAGCAAAAUCGUAAGGCUCAACCGAAAAGCGCUCCUAGCAGCGGCACCUCAUCAUCGGACGAACAUGAAAUAGUAUCAAUCUCUAAGAAACCCGAAAGAGUGGAGGCCCAUUCGCAAAAGCUGUUGGAAAACAUCGAAAACAUCGAUGCGAAUGAUGGCUGGAAUCCGAUGUUGGUGGCGGAGUACGUGAACGACAUUUACAACUAUUUGAACGAGCUAGAGAGCAGGCCAGGAUAUGCGCUGUGCGAGAACUUCUUGGAUGGUCAUAAAGAGAUUACACAUAAGAUGCGAACGAUUCUGAUCGAUUGGAUCAAUGAAGUGCAUUAUCAGUUCAAACUGGACAUCGACACUUACCACAUGACAGUGUCGCUCAUCGACCGUUAUCUGCAGACGAUGAAAACUGUUCCGAAGAAGAAGCUACAGCUGGUAGGCGUGACGGCGAUGUUCAUUGCAUCCAAAUACGAGGAACUGUUUCCACCAGAGAUACAAGAUUUUGUGUACAUAACCGACGAUACAUACCAGAAGUAUCAGAUUCUCGAGAUGGAAAAGGAAAUGGUGAGAACGUUGGACUUCAAUCUGGGAAAACCUCUUCCAACCCAUUUCCUGCGUCGGUUUUCGAAGGCAGCGAAGGCGUCGGACGUAAAUCAUGUGCUGGCAAAGUAUCUUAUUGAGCUUGCCAGUGUGGAUUACAGUACCGCGCAUUACAAACCAUCGGAGAUAGCGGCAGCUGCGUUGUACAUAUCGUUGUAUCUGUUUCCACUAACAUCCAACGGCGGAAACGGUACGAGUGCAAUAAUCUGGACUAAAACACUGGAGCAUUACACGCACUACAAUGUAAAGUACUUGGCGCCAAUUGUGCAGCGGCUCGCAAACGUGAUCAAGGCUGUUCCCAAAAUGAUGGAUAAGAAGGUUAAAUAUCCUUGGUUGAAGUACUCCUCGUCUAAAUUUCAAUGUAUUUCGACGCAUCCUAAACUAAAAGGAUCAGAAAUCGAGGAGUUGCUCAACAAUGAGCUACGUUGUUAGCGGCCAUAAUUAAUUGUUUUGACUUUGUAUGACUUAGCAGUGCUUGUCACUUCGUAGGAAAAUAGUUAAUUUUUUAAAUUAAUAUUCAAAAGAAUGACUGACAAAGCUGCAGGCCAAGACGAAAAUGGUUACAUUCCUGUGUAGUAUGCAAAUAUUUUAAUCAAUUGCUAAUUGUGUUUUGUUUUUGAUUUGUUUAACGUAGUACGAAAAAUAAUAUUAAUGGGCAUAAUACAAUAUUCUCUUGUUUACCUCUGGUCAACGACGAACGAAAGAAGAGAUGAACCUAAUUAAUAA